AUCUAUCAUUCCUUCCUUCUCCACACAACUGUAACUCAACAAUGGCGGCGAUUCUCUGAAGCUCAUAGUGCGUUUUGUGUAUUGUUAUUGUUGUUUAUUCUCUCUAGGUGUUCACGAAUCUGCGCGCUGGAAUCUGUUGAAUUUUGCGUUUAUGCCUUUUCUGUUUUCCACUCUGAAUUGUCGAGUGCGGUGAGGUGCGUCGAUUCGAGCUCGGAUUCUGGAGAAUCUGGAGCCGGAGUUUCGAUUUGCGGGUGGUGAUUUUGAAUCCGGGAAGGGAGACGGCGGCGGAUGGUCUGUGGGUUUUGGGAAGGAAGACGAGGUUUUGAGGGUUUAGGGUUUUGGGACGUGACGGUGGGGAGUCUUAGGAGCGCGGUGAUGAUGGAUAAGGAGGAGGAGCUGGCAUUGUUCAAUGAAAUGAGGAGGCGGGAGAAGGUGGGAGACGGUGAGCUUCUUCUGCUUGAGAAAUCAGAUGAGUUUGAUGCCCUUCUUGGCUCUAAGGAUGGAAGUUCUUCCAUUCUUAAUGGUGGUGGUAGGGCUUGCAUGCCUGCCCCAACGACGGUUGCUGAUGAUUUUCUAUAUUCCGAGAAUGACAAAAAUGACUAUGAAUGGCUCCUAACACCACCUGGCACUCCUCUUUUUCCUUCAUUAGAGAUGGAGUCCCAGAAGACAGUGAUGAGUCAGUUGGGAUCCUUGAAACCUCGUCCGACUGCUCUGAAAUCCGGACCUGCAAAUCCGCUUGAAGCCACAGUUAGAAGCAACUUGACAUCCAGAAAGCCGCAAUCCUCAUCUCCAGAGUUAACAACUUCAACACCCAGUAUUAGAAGACCCUCUUCAUCUAGUAGCUCGAGACCAUCAACACCUACUAACCGAUCCACACUGAACAAUCCAACUAAACCAGAAUUGAACACCACAAUGUCUAAAACAUCAACUUCAACAAGGCCAACCAGGUCUUCAACACCUACUCAUGGUCCAGUAGCCUCGUCUACUAAGACCACAGUUGCUCCAAGAUCUUCAACACCAACUAGGCAGCCCAUCCCUGGAUCAAAGCCCAUUUCCAGUUACAAGCCUACUCCUAGGGCAGCAACUCCUACCCGACGGCCAUCUUCUUCUUCCAUAGCCAUCAAGCCUUCUACUACACCAACUAAAAAUUCCAGCUCCCCAGAUGUGAAUCCAGUACCGACAAAGGCUUCAGAUAUCCGUAGGGUUUCUGCUGAUGCUCCACCAAACUUGAUGACAUCACUACCACAGGAUAGGCCACCUUCAGCUACUAGGGGUAGACCCCGGAUACCCGUUCCCCGCUUUUCAUCUAUUGAGCCUGUUGGGACUGGAAAGGUUAGAAGACAAUCGUGUUCUCCCGCAAGGGGACGCCUUCCCAAUAGAACAACAGUUCACGGGAGUGGAAGCUCAGUACCUAUUCUAGCUAUGAGCCGUUUACAUGCUAAGGCUAAUGACAAUGUAAGCCCAGUUGUGGUUGGAGCAAAAAUGGUUGAAAGAGUGGUCAAUAUGAGGAAACUUGCCCCGCCAAGACAAGACAAUGAAACAUCCCCAAAUAGUAAUUUAUCUUCAAAGUCUCCAUCCCUCGAGAGCUCGGGAUUUGGAAGAAAUUUAUCAAAGAAGUCUCUGGAUAUGGCCAUAAGACACAUGGAUAUAAGGCGAACCGUUCCAAGUAAUCUUAGACCAUUAGCAGCCAAAAUCCCCGCAUCGUCUGUGCACAGUGUGAGAACAAGGCCCACCGGUAGAGGCAUGACAGUGAGCAAAUCUGACUCACCCUCGCAUGCAACUAGCAACAACAAUGAUUGCUCUGAAGUGAGUGCCAAUGAAGUCGGCGAUGACAACAUAUGAUUUAUGUCAUGAGCAGCAACAUCAUAUGAUGUCAGACUUCUUGUGCUGAAAGAAUCAAUUAUAGGCGCGCCUCUGAUUCGUCAUUGUGUAUAAGGCGGAUGAGGUAACUGGAAGGAAGUCUUUGUAUUACACUCCGUAAGUAAUUACUGAGUAAUUAAUGAAUACAAAUCCCAGCUGUGGUGAAAACCCCAAUGCCCUUUUUUUGUGUAUGUGUAAUUAAUUUACUUAUAGAUG